GGGUCUCACUCUGUCGGCCAGGUUGGAGUGCUCACUGCAACCUCCGCCUCCCGGGUUCGGGGUUCGAGCUAUCCUCCCGCCUCAUACUCCCUAGUAUUUGGCAUUACAGGCACAUGCCACCAUGCCCUGCUAAUUAGUAUUUUUAGUAGAGAUGGGGUUUCACCAUGUUGGGCAGUCUGGUCCUGAACUCCUAACCUCAGGUGAUCCGCCCACCGAACUUCCCAAAGUACUGGGAUUAUAGGCGUGAGCCACGGGCGCCCUGCCCAAUUUCCCUUUUUAAUGGCAUUUGAGUUAGGGUCCAGGUUUCGUAGCUCCCACUACUUGUCCUGCACAACACAGACACUAAAUACCUUAUUGCUUAUUAUGAAGCCCCGUUCUUCAGAAAGGUUUUAUAGGACUUUCGUUAAACCUUCUUCCUGUUCAAAACGUAGCGCACUAGAGUAUUUUUCCCCUACUCCACCGUUAAGCGGCCUUUUGGUAAGCAGGACUGUUUUGGGUCUCUUGGUUGCUAUCCCCUACUGCACCCUACUAAUAUGUUGCACGAAGCGACGGGGAACCCCUUCUCCCCCAAACGAUGUGCGUGGAGACACACAUAUCCUACUCUCUCCAUUACCAGAAACCUAGACUCUCCCUUCAAAUAUCCUUCCUGGCUCAUCUACAGCACUAUGGUCUCAAGGUAGGGGCAAAAGCCCGCCCCAACUGGCAAAUGCUCCUCCUCCGCCAAGAACCUCGAAUUUCCGCUGUCCCUGGACAGAGCCUCCAACCUUCAGAAAAAUGGAGAGGUGGACCCAGGCUCUUAAUUCUGAAGUGAGCUCUUUUCCAGCACAGGCUUUUCACAGGUUUUUGUGGUGGAAUGAUUACUCAGUGAGCUGAUUUACACCCUCAACAGUAACCAACGCUCCAUUUCAGUUCUCCAAGAUCCCGACUCCGUGUCCCUCCGCCUCGGCCUUGCCUCCGACUGCCAACGCAGCCGUUUCUCAGAAAUCGCCGAUGGCGCAUGGUCGGACAGUUGGGCCACCAACGGUUUUCUAACGCGAGAGGACAGCGCGGGAGGAGAGGCGGGAACGCGUAGGGACUAGCAGGGGGCGGGGUGGGGGUGGGGUGGCGGACGAAGGGCGGGGCCGGCGCCAGGAAGGAUCGCGAAGGAGCUGGGAGGCCCCGCCCUUUCCGUAGAUAUCUCUAGAAAGCCGCGCCGGAGCCCGAAAACAAGGACUGCGCACGCGCGGUGGCAGGGCCCGGGCAUUUUGCUGCGUCACCAGCCGCCGCCCGGCCUCACCACCCCUCGUUUGCACGCACGCACGUUCAUUCUCCGUCCUCGCGCCCCUUUUCCUACACUUUCCUCUUCUCCCCGACCGGAGGAGCCGCUCUUUCCGCGCGGUGCAUUCUGGGGACCGAGGGCGAGCCCGCCGCUGCCGCCGUCGCCUGAGGGAAGCGAGAAGAGGCCGCGACCGGAGAGCAAAAGCGGAGUCGCCACUGGAGAGAAGUCGACUCCCUAGCAGCAGCCGCCGCCAGAGAGGCCCGCCCACCCGUUCGCCCGUCCCCCUGCCCCGUUCACAAUGCAACCUGCUUCUGCAAAGUGGUACGAUCGAAGGGACUAUGUCUUCAUUGAAUUUUGUGUUGAAGACAGUAAGGAUGUUAAUGUAAAUUUUGAAAAAUCCAAACUUACAUUCAGUUGUCUCGGAGGAAGUGAUAAUUUUAAGCAUUUAAAUGAAAUUGAUCUUUUUCACUGUAUUGAUCCAAAUGAUUCCAAGCAUAAAAGAACGGACAGAUCAAUUUUAUGUUGUUUACGAAAAGGAGAAUCUGGCCAGUCAUGGCCAAGGUUAACAAAAGAAAGGGCAAAGCUUAAUUGGCUUAGUGUCGACUUCAAUAAUUGGAAAGACUGGGAGGAUGAUUCAGAUGAAGACAUGUCUAAUUUUGAUCGUUUCUCUGAGAUGAUGAACAACAUGGGUGGUGAUGAGGAUGUAGAUUUACCAGAAGUAGAUGGAGCAGAUGAUGAUUCACAAGACAGUGAUGAUGAAAAAAUGCCAGAUCUGGAGUAAGGAAUAUUGUCAUCACCUGGAUUUUGAGAAAGAAAAGUAACUUCUCUGCAAGAUUUCAUAAUUGAGAGAAUUCCUGAGUUGAUAGCUCUAAAGGCAGAUGCUGUAUUUGCCUACUUUAACCCAUUUUUCAACCUGUUUGUUUUUUAAAAGGCUUCACUAAGGGUUGAUAUGUACCAUUGUAUGGGGCAAUUUUAAGUCAGCUAAGGCAAUAACCUUAUGCAUGAACAUUUCCCAGACUUUCAUGAAGCUGUUGAGGUCCUAGGCAAUUAAUGCAGCAGUUGUGAUAAAUAAAAACAUCUCACCUAAGUCUCCUUUUCUUCAUAACAUAGAUACUGACAUGAUAGGAAGCUCUCAGCUUAGGGAAAGAAUAAAUUUUAGAUUAUAAAACAUGGAUUCAAAAGUGGCUGGAACAAAUUGGCUGACACCUUACUGGUAACCUGCUAUUCCUCUGGUGUUAUCCUUCAGGAUUGUUCCACUAAAAUUUAUUUUUCAAAAAAUUUACUUCACAUUAUUCUAUGUAAGUGGUCACUUGUCAGUGUUCCAGGUGUAUCUUAGCUAAAACUAGAGAAUGCCCUAACUUAGAUGGUUUUUGAAGCCUAUACAUUUGGUAUUGUUUGACCCUUAAGCUUUUACAUCUCUUAGCAUGGAGGACGAAGAAAGCUGUACAUUGUUGCUUGAGAGUCUGUACAUUUAGUCCAGAUUUGUAUUUGCACUGUCAGUAUGGCAAAUGAGUGAAAAAUGUUUAAUACACUAUUGGAUUUUUUAUUUCUUUUUUUGAUUCAGCUUAUACCAGGGCUGAAAACCUCAAUUUAUGUUCAUGACAGUGGGGAUUUUUUUAAAUGUCUACAUUCUUUCUAAUAAACUGUUGGAAGACUUCUUGGCUGUCCUUUUAAGUGUCUGGCUUACUGUAAUUUUUAUGUAUUUACCAUUUACUGGAAUGGAGUUUAUUUUUAUUUGAGGAAGAAUUUGGGAUUAUUCCUCUGUUUGAAAAAAGAGGCUUGCUGUAAUGUCACAGGAAACCUUUUAAAAGUGGAUCUGUAAUAGCAUAUUGUAGAUGCACUUUGCAGCAGUUGGAAAAGAAAGUGUUGUGAUUUGAUUGAAAUAAAACAAUGUGUUGUCCUCCUCUAAA